UUUCUUUUUUUUUUUUUUUUAAUAACAAUGACUAUAAGAAAGGUGACUUUGACAUUAUUUUCUUCAAGCACAUGUUCUUUAUGUAAUACAGCUAAGCAAGCGAUUCUCAAUGUUCAAAAAAAGAAACCAUUUGCUUUAAAAGUAUUAGAUAUCCAUAAUAAAGAAGAGUGCCCUAAAGAAUUCAGUGAUAAAUAUAUGUUUGAUAUACCCGUUGUUCAUUUGAACGAUCAGUUUUUAAUGCAGCAUCGAGUUUCUGAAGAUUCUUUAUUAAACGCCAUUCAAUUAUACGAAUCGACUGGGAAAAUAAACCCAAAAUAUUAAUGCAUAAAAAAGUCAACAGAUUCAUAGACAACACCAUAUUUUUCUUCAACACUUGAAUGCGGCUUCAUUGAAAUUGUGCAUUUUACUUUCACUGCUUAUAAUAGCUUGAUAAGAGGGUGGAGGAGCCAUAUAAGUACCAUCUUCCUUGAGCUAAAAUUAAUUCCAUUAAAUAUUAUAUACAUAUAACUUGUCGUAAUAUUAAUAUUUAUUUAUUUAC